AUGAGCGCACAGGAGGAAAACAGGACUUUCGUGGUGUGGGACUACUUGGUAUUCGCGGGGAUGCUGUUCAUGUCCGUAGCUAUAGGGGUUUACUAUGCCUUCCGCAGAGGCGGCCAGCAGACCAAGGAAGACUUUCUGAUAGGCGGCCGGAAGAUGACCGCCGUGCCCGUGGCUCUGUCCCUCACCUCCAGUUUCAUGUCUGCCAUCACGAUCCUGGGUGUCCCCUCGGAGAUCUAUCGCUUCGGGGCCAUAUUUUCUCUUUAUGCACUCUCCUAUAUCGUUGUGAUGGUCGUCUCUGCCGAGAUCUUCCUCCCAGUCUUUUACAAGCUGGGUAUUACUAGCACCUACGAGUAUCUAGAGCUUCGUUUUAACAAACGUAUUCGCCUCUGUGGAACGGUUCUGUUCAUCCUUCAAACAAUUCUGUAUACUGGAGUUGUUAUUUAUGCUCCUGCUCUUGCUAUGAAUCAAGUCACAAAAAUCAACUUGUGGGGCACAAUUAUUGCUACAGGAGCGGUCUGUAUUUUCUGCAGCUCAAUGGGUGGAUUCAAAGCUGUUGUCUGGAUACAUGUUUUCCAAGCUGGCAUCAAGCUGGCAGGAUUUUUGGCUGUGAUCAUACAGGGUACUGUGGUCCAAGGUGGAAUCAGUAAUGUCCUAAAUGAUUCCUAUCAUGGAGGAAGAUUAAACUUCUGGGACUUCAAUCCCAAUCCUUUCCAGAGAUACACAUUCUGGACGAUCAUCGUUGGUGGGUCUUUCACAUAUAUCACCAUUUUUGGUAUCAACCCAACCCAAGUCCAGAGGUACAAUUCCUGCAAAAGCCGCUUCCAUGCCAAAAUGUCCCUUUAUAUAAAUCUUAUAGGAUGCUGGGCUAUUCUUGCCUCUACAACAUUGUGUGGUCUUGUCCUUUAUUCAAGAUACCAUGACUGCGAUCCUUGGACAGCAAAGAAAGUGGCAGCACCAGAUCAGCUUAUACCCUAUUUAGCAAUGGACAUCCUGCGAGAUUACCCAGGACUCCCAGGACUCUUUUUGGCAUGUAUAUAUAGUGCAACAUUGAGCACUGUGUCUGCCAGUGUUAAUGCUUUAGCUGCAGUAACAGUCUCAGACCUCAUCCAACCUCACUUUCCAUCACUCUCAGAAAAGGCGUGGCUUUGCAAAAUGACAAGUUUGCUAUAUGGAUCCCUGGCUAUUGGAAUGGCAGCCAUGGCAUCACUCAUGGGAGGUUUGUUACAGGUGGUGCUCAGUAUCUUUGGUGUGAUUGGUGGACCCCUUUUGGGCUUGUUUUCUUUGGGCAUUUUGGUUCCCUUUGCUAACUCAGUGGGGGCAUUUGUAGGACUCAUAACAGGAUUUGCCAUUUCCCUUUGGAUUGGAAUUGGAGCUCAGCUUUAUCCUCCCCUUCCAGAGAGAAGUGUACCACUGAGCCUCAUUACAGAUGGUUGUAACUUAACUAGCUUUCACCAACAGAGGAACUGGACUGUAACCACAGGGGCACCAUUUUCUCCAAAUGCUUUUCAAGUUCACAAUGAGGAAAGAACUCCUCUAAUGGAUAACUGGUAUUCCUUAUCAUUCUUGUACUUCAGCACCAUUGGAACAUUGGUCACUAUACUUGUGGGAAUAAUUGCUAGCCUUCUAACAGGAGGAAGGAGACAGAGCAUAGAUGAUAGAUUCCUACUAACCAAAGAGGACUUUUUAUCCAACUUUAAUUUUUUCAAGAAGGAAAAACGAGUUUUAAACCAACAGCUUUAUGUGAUUAGAAAUGGUGGAACUAAUGCGCCUGACUUCAGCCAACCAACCAACCAACCAACUAAUCAAUCAACAUGA